GGGUGGGACCUGGGGGGUGGAAGGCCGGUGGUCCCCAGGCACUGCCUGGGAUUUGGGAGAAGAGCCCGCCACCUUUGCCUCAGCAAUGCUCACACGAAGAUAAGUCGCACUCCCCACGGUCGUGCACGGGGGCACAUUCAUAGGGAAGGCUCCCUUGGGGAAUGUAGGACUCAUCGCAGGACUUGGGGUGUUGGGAUCCCGGGCGUUAAUCAGGUCUAACCACAGAGCCGGAGUCAUUACUGUAUUCUGUACGCCCUUUCCCUGUGCCAUCAUGAUUCUCCUUGGCAGCAGCAUUAGCAGCCGCCUGAGGGUGAAAAUGUGGGUGAUGGGGAAGUUGGUAAUGACUCCGCUGUUUUUUCUUAUGGCUCCUUUGGGCAACAGCUGCCCGCCCCCGGUAUACACUGUAGUUGAUUGCAGGGAAGCCCUGUACCUCUCCCCUUCCUUCUCAACCGAUUUUGCACUUUUCUCUUUGCUCACCACCAAGUGUAAUCAAUAACACGCACUGACAAUAUAUAGCAAUAGUGAAAUCUGAAAUAACUAAGAAUUAAUUAGGUACUACAGCCAUGGAUCUGGCUGGGUAAAAUCCAAUUGGAUAUUUCAGUUUCAUUCACCUACCCUGUUUUGGGGGGUUAUUUUGGUGGCUUUUUUUUCCCCCUUUCCUUUUUUUUUUUUUUUUUUUGACAUUCAGAAAGCAAGGAUCACAGUCCCCCUCCCCAUUCCUUUUCAUUAUCCCUUCUCUGAAAAGAGGGAAAAAAAUCCGGAUGGAUUUUAAGGAUUGGACUGAUGUCAGCUGUGUUUUAUUGCACACCUAAAUCCUAUUAAUAGGUUUUUCAGUUCCCCCACUUUUAUUUUGGCAGUUAAGCCAAAUGUGUUUUCCAAAAAGUUAGUUCAAGUAUUUUCUCCUCUUUCUUUCCUUCCUUCCCUUCCUUUUUCCCAUCUGACCCCAAACGUUAUUGUCCAAACAUGACUGGACAGCAGCUUUUGUUUCUUGACCCUGUAAUAUGACAGUCUGCUAAUAUUGCCAGAAGGUGCAGGUUUUGGGUUACAGUCUUGAUUUUAGCUAUUCAAUCAUAUUAGCAGGAAAAAAAUGACUUGUUUCUGUUGUACUUGAGUCUUAAGAAAAAGUGCCCAUAGUUUAGUGACAAUUUCCAAAGGCUUUAGUACCACCUGUAUUUCAAAAUGGGGGACCCAAACUCCCGGAAGAAACAAGCUCUGAACAGACUACGUGCUCAGCUUAGAAAGAAAAAAGAAUCUCUAGCUGACCAGUUUGACUUCAAGAUGUAUAUUGCCUUUGUAUUCAAGGAGAAGAAGAAAAAAUCAGCACUCUUUGAAGUGUCUGAGGUUAUACCAGUCAUGACAAAUAAUUAUGAAGAAAAUAUCCUGAAAGGUGUGCGAGAUUCCAGCUAUUCCUUGGAAAGUUCCAUAGAGCUUUUACAGAAGGAUGUGGUACAGCUCCAUGCUCCUCGAUACCAGUCUAUGAGAAGGGAUGUAAUUGGCUGUACUCAGGAGAUGGAUUUCAUUCUUUGGCCUCGGAAUGAUAUUGAAAAAAUUGUCUGUCUCCUGUUCUCUCGGUGGAAAGAAUCUGAUGAGCCUUUUAGGCCUGUUCAGGCCAAAUUUGAGUUUCAUCACGGUGACUAUGAAAAACAGUUUCUGCACGUACUGAGCCGAAAGGACAAGACUGGAAUUGUUGUCAACAAUCCUAACCAGUCAGUGUUUCUCUUCAUUGACAGACAGCACUUGCAGACUCCAAAAAACAAAGCUACAAUCUUCAAGUUAUGCAGCAUCUGCCUCUACCUGCCCCAGGAGCAGCUUACCCACUGGGCAGUUGGCACCAUAGAGGAUCACCUCCAUCCUUAUAUGCCAGAAUAGAGUGCUGACCAGCAAAAUGGAGAAGAUCAGAGAGUGCAGCAGCAGUUUUUUUUCUUUUUUUCUUACCACUUUAUUCUUUCAGAGUUUAAAGAAAAUGGACUCAUGCACAGAACACUAUGCAUUUUGAAACUUGUUCAUCCUGGAUUUUUUUUUAUCAUUUGUAUCUCAGAACUUAAAUUAGAUGUCUUCUGCACAGACUGUGUGAAAGAAGAUGCUUUGCAUAUUUGCUGCACUGCAUCAGCAUCUUACUAAAAAUGUGAAAUGAAAGGACUAUUGUACACUGAAAUGCUUAAAUGUAUCUGAAAGCACAAGGUGAUACUCAUUUUUGAUAGUCUUUCCAUUUGUGCUGGUUUUUGCCUCUUUGACAUCUGUCAUCAGUAUUUGGAGGGUGAGAAGUGAAUGUAACAGGUAUAAAUAACAUUUUAAAAACUUAAAGCUUUGUUAUAAUCACAUUGUUCCAGAGCACUGUCAGAUUCAUUCUAAUGACCAGAAGUGGUUGUUGAAAAAAAAAAAAAGAAAGAAAAAAAGAAAAUACAACCAUGGGAAAGAAAUCUUAAAUGAAAAAAGCAUCUCAUUGUAGGCAUUCUUGCCUCAUAUAUUACUGGGCCAUGUUUGUUUCCUGGUACUCAUAAAUAUAUGUAUUUUAUUUCCAGAUCUCUCCCCAAGUUGCUGUUAUGAAAGAGCAUUCUGCUCAGUGUGGAUUCAGUUAUACACAUUAAAGCAGAUCUGGAGUCUGAAGUAGCUAAGCAGCUAUAAAACUGAGAGAUACAUUCAUAGCUGCAGAAACCAUAAUAGGUAGAGGACUUUCCUUUUGGUUUUUGUUUUGUUUUUUGUUUUUAAAAAGAUUUUUAUUAUAAAGGAAAAAAUUCCAGUGAAUUGUGCAGAAAUACUGGUUUUUACACCACCCUAAAGGAAAACUUAGGGUUUUUUGAAGUAGAAAAGUUACUAAAGUUGGAUCUUAAAUUGUGAAAACAUACAAAAACACCAUUGAGUGUCAAAGUUCUAAAAGGAGAACUCAUUUUGUGCAAUGAACAUAAGGAAAGACUACUGUAUAGAUUUUUUUGGUUUUUGGUUUUAUUUUUCUUUUAAAUGAAGAAAAGCUUUGCUUAAGGGUUGCAUACUUUUAUCGGAGUAAAUCUGAAUGAUCCUACUCCUUUGGAGUAAAACUUAGUGCUUACCAGUUUCCAAUUGUAUUUAGCUUCUGGUUGGAAUUUGAAUAAAUGAAAACCUAAAUAAAAUAGGUGAAAUUUCCCUGACUAUUCAGGUGAAUACACAAAA